AUGCCACUCAUCAUCGUCACGGGCCUCCCCUGCUCCGGCAAGACCCACCGCGCACAACAGAUCGCGGCCUCCCUGACCGAGUUCAUCUCCUCGUCCACCGACCCGACCAUCUCGAGGCGCACCGUGCAACUCAUCCCGUCGCAGCACGCUCGUGCCGAUCGCGGUUCUCACGGCGUCGGGUCCGAAACUACGCAAGACGCGGCCUCAUCUCUGCGCGAUCAGAUCUACACGUCCGCAGCGGAGGAGAAGACUGCACGAGCGGCAGAGUUCUCGGCCGUCAAGCGCGCGCUCGGUCGGGACAAUGUCAUCGUGGCGGACGCGUUGAAUUACAUCAAGGGAUAUAGAUACCAGUUGUGGUGCGAGGCCAAGGCCGCGGGGACCAGGUGUUGUGUCGUCCACGUGGCGGCGCGGGAGGACGAGUGUGCCGCCUGGAAUGCCGAACGGGCGAGGGCACGGGGAUCCGGACGCAGGGCCGGAGAGGAUGGCGAACAUGAACACGGUACACACGAGCAAGGGCUGAAGAAACACGACGGCGAGAAUGUCCUUGGGGAGUUGAUCCCUGAGAGCCAUACGGCCAUCUAUGGCGAUCGCGGCGUGAGGGAGACGGAGACCAGCAGGUCGCGGUCUUCGUCUCUGGACGACAUGGAGGGGGUCACUGCCCGAGCGGGACAGCCGCACGAGGACGAGACCAUGACGCUCAAGUCUCUCUACAUUAGGGACCGCGCCGACACGGGUUCGGCAACGGCCACAUGUCAACCUCAAGCGUCGACAUCCUCACCCGCAUUCGCACCUUCACCUUCACCUGCACCUGGUGUCUCAAAUACAAUGCCGCCCCCACCAUCAACGGCCUCAGCUCCCUACAGUCCAUCGACCCUCUCCUCCCUCUGCAUGCGGUACGAGCCGCCCUCUCCAUUCUCCCGGUGGGAUACGCCCCUCUUCGUCGUUCCCUCCACGGACGUGGCCCCUCCCAUGGCAGACAUCUGGACCGCGAUAUACCCCACACCCACCAGACCGACGAGUAAAAAGGCCUUAAGCCAGCUGGGACCGAGACCGCAAUCUCAUCUCAAAGCAAGUACUCCCGAGGUCGAAGACACCGGACGAGAGAAUGCGGGCGCGAACUCCAAUGCUACAAAACCCGAAGACCCCACCAAUGGCGGUUCAGUGGUGAAACCCCACGCCGCGACGGUCCUCCCGCGCGCGACCGGCGCCGACGCCCUACAAACGCUCGAGUCCGCGACCAUGGAGGUCGUGAAACAGCUGCUCGCGCAAGCGAGGGCCCAUACCCCGGCGAUUUUGCAGGGCGAGGGCGGGGAGGUGGAUCUGCGUGUGCCUGUGGGGAGAGAACAGCGCGCCAUCAACUCUGCUGCUGCUGCUGAUGCUGAAGAAGAAGAAGAAGAAGAAGGAGAGGAAGUUCGAGAAGAAGACGCAGAGGCAGUGCACGUGACGUUACGGAUCCCUCCCGGCGUGAAUCUGAACCAGCCGCUGCUCCAGCGGUUGCGGCGGAAAUACACGCAGAUCCAGCGCGGCGGGAUCGCGCAUGGGCAGGGGUAUAUAGUUGGGCGGAGGGCCGUCGUUGAGUCCUUUGUAGGGUUUUUGGCGGAUGAGUGGGACGAGGAUGAGCCGGUAGUUGGGUUGGGUUGA